AUAUUCAAUUUCAUUUUAAAAAUAGAUAAAAGGUCACGAUUCUAAACCUUUGCAAAUUUUUCUUAAAGAAAGAGUUUUUGCACUCAUAAUUUCUUUACUUGUUAGAUGUAGAUUUAUUUCUGAAUUUAUUCUCUUGACUCACAUUUUUCUACAUUUUUGCCAAGUACAUUAUGCGUAGGCGUUUACGCGAGACCUUGAGUAUCACGGUCACGGUUACUACGAGAUGGGCGAGCGAUUGUGAUGUCACUUGGGAAUCGACCGAACUGCGGUUACGGGACACGUGAAAGAGACUUUCGUGUAAAAGAAGGAACAAAAAGGAGGCAGUAGAAGGGAGAGAGAUGACGACAGAACGAACGAGCGAAUAUAUAUGCUUACCAAGGGAAAAGCGAGAUAAGACGAUGUCAUUUGUGUCGAUGCACCACAUGAUGACGUCUGAGGCUCGUCUAUUUCAUGCACCGCAUAUUUGGAAUCUGCGCAAUUGCGUCCUUGCAUCCCUGCAUCUCUGCAUCCCUGCUGGGAAAAGAGGGGAACGUUUCCAGGAACUAUCUUUCACCCCUUCUACAUCAUUCGGAAACAAUCCAAGGAAUGAUCGAACGACGGAAUCUCGGCAAAUGAGCAGAUUCCAGGACUCAAUCUCAAAAUAUCUCGCGUUAUUUUUCUCUCUUUGGUUUGACAAGAUUUAUAAUGCGAAGAAAAACAUCAAAAUGACAUUGUUAAGAAGAAGGAUACGAAACAACAUUCUGUAUGAAAUUAUUUUCGAAAAGAGAUACUGGAAGAAACAUCUCGCUUCCGGACUAGGUCGCAGAUAGAGGUUCCUCUCCACUUGUCAUCAACGCGACUUGAAUAUCGAAGAGGCGUGGUUUUGGUGUAUAGAAACCUGUUCGUUCUCCGCGCUUUACGAGCAUUGUGACGUCGGAGAUUCCGAUUCCCCUCCGUGGUUCUACACCGGCGCAGGCAGACCUCCUCCUCCACGUUCCGGGCGACCGGGCGCUCUCUGGCGUCGGAGUCAUGGGACAACGCGGGACAAUCCGCGCCAUUUUGUCCAGUGUCCGUCGAACGCGUCGUGCGUCGGGAUUCGUGUCUGUGGCGACGACGUCCGGCGCGGCUACGAAGAGGAAGACCGUCUUCUCGGAUUGCGAGCGCUACGAGCUGCUGCGAGGACAGAUGUAGCAUCGCGUCGACACGCAACGCUUAAUAAUUAAUUAAAUAAACGAUUCGGAGGAGAACGUGAAUGGCGACGAGGACGACGACGACGAUCUCGCGAGGACUCGAUCCGGUUGUUGCAAUGACGGAGAGUAGCGUUCGGCUGCAGAUCUGGCAAUAAUCUGGGAUGUAGACGAGAAUGCGCACUCCUGCCGAGAUCCUGGCACAAUCCGAAAUGUAUAAUCUGGAAACUGAGGAAACAGGAAUGUCCGCGGACGUGAGCGGAGUGAUUCUGUCAUCUCCUCAUCCGGAGGCUCACAUAUUUACUAAUAGCAUGUUAUGCAUUCAAGAAGAGCUGGCUCAGUUGAGUGAAAUUGGGGCAAGUCCUGAACGACUAAUCACCGAAUUGCGAGAAGUUCAAUUACCAAAUAGUAAUCCGAAUUCAGGAAGUAGUUCUAGCGGUACAGCAACAAAAUGCGCUCCCGAAACGGAAAGCAUCGAUUCUCAGCGAUCGAAUUGGGUCGAAGGUAUACUGGGAUGCAUGCGUCCUGUUUGGACGAUGUUAUCAAAGGCAGCUAUUAAUGAAAAAAUUAAGAAUCUUGCAACGGAUGAUUGGGAGAUACCUUUCGGAGAUAUCAGCGAGAUGAAGUGGGUCGCAUCCGGGGCUCAAGGUGCAGUAUUUAAAGGAAAAUUAAAUAGGGAAAUCGUAGCUGUAAAAAAGGUGAGGGAUCCGAAAGAGACUGAUAUACGCCAUUUAAGAAAGCUCAAUCAUCCGAAUAUCGUACAAUUCAAAGGAGUCUGUACAAAACCUCCUUCCUAUUGCAUAAUAAUGGAGUUUUGUCCAUUUGGACCAUUGUAUGACUUUCUGAGAACUGGAGAACCGGUUCCUCCUGUCAGAUUGGUGUCAUGGUCAAAAGAAAUUGCUGCAGGAAUGGCAUAUCUUCAUGCUCAUAAAAUCAUACAUAGAGAUCUCAAAAGUCCAAACGUUCUAAUAGGACAAGACGAAGUACUGAAAAUCAGCGAUUUCGGCACGAGUAGACAAUGGAAUGAAGUUAGCACGAAAAUGACUUUUGUCGGUACUGUGGCGUGGAUGGCACCGGAAGUAAUCAGAAAUGAUCCUUGCUCGGAAAAAGUGGAUAUAUGGUCGUAUGGCGUUGUGUUAUGGGAAUUGUUAAGCGGCGAGAUACCUUACAAGGACGUGGAUUCCUCUGCUGUUAUGUGGGGAGUGGGCAGCAAUUCUCUACACCUGCCAAUUCCCACUAGUUGCCCAGAGGGUUUUGGACUGCUGGUCAAGCAGUGCUGGGCGACCAAACCGCGUAAUAGGCCCUCUUUCAAACUUAUCGAGAUGCAUCUUAACAUUGCAGCCGUCGAUGUAUUGUCCUUGGAACCCGAGGAUUACUUUAAGGCACAGCGAUCUUGGAAAAAAGAGAUACAGGAGCAUAUGGAACAUAUGCCGCUGUUCACUAAUACCAGUCCACGUUUCGAAAAUGACCUAAUUCUACGAAGGAAGAAUGAAUUACGGCAAGCUCAAGAUGUCAGAGAACAUUACGAACGUAAACUUGAACGCACUAACAACUUAUACCUGGAAUUAAACUCUAUUCUACUGCAAUUGGAGUUACGCGAACGAGAUGUGAUAAAGAGAGAACAGCAAUCGACAGGAUACAAGCAAUACAAGAAACGUCUUGUCCGUCCUUUAUUGAAGGCUCAGGAGAGGCUAUAUCGCAAACGGAAUGGCACAGUGCAGUUCUCCACUUCCUCAACGCCCACUACUCCGCCAUCGCCCACGGAUUCGCCGCAGAGUCCCAUCAAAGCUCUCAUGUAUACGCAACUGAAUGAAUCCAAUCAACCAGAAACUGUUUUGGCAUCAAACAAUAGUUUCAAACAACGUAAAUACAGGCAUCGUAGAGUUGGCUCAGGUUGUGGUGUGAGUUCCAGUCCUAGAUCGAGUCCUUAUCGUGAAAGAAAAAGCCUAGAGGUAUCUGUAAGAUUCAUUGAUAAUCACACACAAACGGACAUCAUGGACAUCAGUGAAAUGGAUCAUGCCUCGAUGGCGAAUAUGGCAUCUUCCUCGCCAGAAAAAUCCUCUUUGGAAACUAUCAGAAAACACUCAUUGAAUAAACAAGCAACGGAAUGUAUAAACGGAAAUCCGAUUUUACCAGAAACGCAUUAUUCAAUGAUAACUAGUUCAUGCUCCAGUCCCGAACCCUUGAAUGAAAAUAAUUCUAAUGGAAACGAACGUUUGAAAGAUUAUAGCGACGACGACAAUCUUGAGACGCUUGGUAGAAAAGUCAGUGAGAUUAUUAUUGCGAAUCGCCUCAUUAUUGACAAUGGAAACGGUGAUGAUAUAAUUUCUCAUAGAAAUAAAGAAGACUCGGGCAAACUUCCUGGACUUUAUGCAGAGCAAUCCGAUAUUAAGCUACGAAAUUCUUCAGACAAUACAGAUGAUCGCGAAGACGAUGCUUGUGAAGAAAGCUGGACCGAUGAAGAGGGAGAGGAUCCAAGCUAUACUUACAAUUAUUCUUUGAGACGAAGAAGUAUUGCAAGGAAGCCAAUUGGUCCUGGCUGCAGAUUACGAAGAUCUAAGCCAACAAUACCUGGGAGAAUACAGGGGGCAUUAGCUUCUGAUGAGGAGAAUACUUCUGAAUAUUCACAUCCUCCGUCCAGUCAAACCUCCACCUUAGAGAGUAAUCCAGAUGUUCAAAGGGUUCUUCGUAAUGUACAAAAUUCUCAAAAAAGAAAGGAAAUAGACGACGCUUCUGAUACAUCGAGUCAAUCGGAAACGGACGAAGUCAGUGAAGUUACAAUCGCGUCUCAACCAGCGAAUGGAACUAUGAAAAUGGAGAGUCGGGUAUAAGUGUAUUGUAGUAUAAUUUUUAUAUUUGAUUUAUAUGAACGCGCUAUAUUGAUAGGGUAGAGUUAUUGCCUAAAAUAAAAUUCGAUAAUUACAACAUUCUUCAUUCCGUAACUUAUGUUAAAUAUUGUAGAUAUUUAUCUAUUCAUAUAUGUGUGUUUACAUGCACACAUAAAUAAUGACAUACAUAUAGAUACACAUACAUAGUGCAUACGUCACAUACCAUAUACAUAUAUACUAAAAAUUGUUUAGGAAAAUAAUAGUAAAUGAUUGAGAAUUCGAGAUUUUACAUCUCAAUUGAAUAUUAAAGUCGUAUAGUCUUCACAACAUUCUUCAUCAAUGUAUAUGAUCAAUUGCAUAUAUAAAUUAGUAAAGAAUUAGAUUAAUAUUGCUCAAGUUUAUUUGAGUAUACAUAAGAUUUUUUAUAGCAUAUAUGCAUACCGUAUGAGAUCAUGAAUUUAGAUUUAUAAUGUAAUUUUCGUCCAACAAAUCGAAAUAUUGCUUUGAAAAAUGUUAUUUCACAAAUGAAUCAUUGAUAUCAUUCGAAAACGCUACAUGCAUCGUAUAUUAUAUACGCUCCGACAGUCAUUCACUAGAUUCAUUAGUGAAUGUUAAAGUAUAUAUAAUGCCCAACAUACAUACUUCAGCAAUCAUAUAUUUAUUUUUUCAUGGUAUUUUGCAUCUACUAAUUUAAUAAUUAUUUUUGAAUAAAACGCCUAUAUACGGGUCAUUUUUAAGUCACAAAUUUAAUUUUAAACUGUGCAUAUACUCAAAUUGGCAUGGACAUUUUUUGCGCAUUGAACAACUCUUCAAAUUUAUAUAUAUAUAAUAUUAUUUAUAUAUAAAUU